AUGACAAGUAAUGUGACAUGUCAGCAUACAUCUAAUGCAAUCGCUCUGUGGACAGUAAUUUUGUUGGUUGUGCCAAACAUUUUUCAUUGUAUUUCAAUCCUGUUAUUAAUACUCAUUUCACUACAUGUGAGACUGUUCAAGAAUAUCACUGAAGAAAUUGUCAGCAACACGAAUUGGUUAGCUCGAACAGCACGACGUGUUAGUUUUGGACCAAGGGCAAAAGUAGCACUUCUGGAUUAUACCUUGCAUGUUCCGGAAAUAAAGAAGAAUAUCCGGAUUAUUCCACUCCCUCCAGUUCAUCAUCAAGCAUUUCAAGCAUCUAUUGAUUAUGCCACGGUCAGAAUUGACAAUUAA